GCACAUAUAUCCAUCCCAAGAGAAUCCUCCAAAAUCGUCUUCUCCUGUUCCCAGCAAAUUCCUCUGCUAUUUGUCCUUGUCCUCUUCCAACUGCUUCUGUCACCUGUCCACAAAUGGAGCUUUCAGGGCAUGGAUUCUUCAAAUUUUCAGAACCUUGAAAUAAUCACCACAAGCUAGCUAGCUAUUGAGAGGAUUUGAGAUUUUCCUUUCCUGACAAGAAAAAUUCCACCUUUUCUUCUCCUUCUUCUUCUUCUUCCAAAAUCUAGCUAUGCCCAUCAGGAUUAUUCGGGAAUCAGAGGCCUGCCUGCCUGACAUGACAUGCGCGUGUCGAUUGAUUGAUUGAUCAGUAGUGCGUACACUGGCGGCCGGCAGGCAUGCGCAAUAUCAUCUCUCAAUCGAGGCAUCCAGUUCCAGCACUCAACCUGCAGUGAUAGUGAUCCACCAGCUUAAGUAUCAUCACCACAUAACUUGCUGCUUGCUGCUGGUUAUUGUCGUCGUUGGCGUCAGAUGAGUAGUACUGCGCUGCCGCCGUGGUUCGUCGACAAGGCGGCUGCAGUGGUUUCGCCGGCGUGGAUGAUGAUGAUGAUGCUGCGGCGGGGCUGGCUCCUCUUGGGCGUCUUCUUCACCUGCGACGGCAUCCACGGCGGCAAAUAAGCAGCUAGCAGUGUAUACAAUUUAGUAUCAGAGUACUAGUAGCUUCUUCUUCGUUUGCUGAAGCCAUGUCGAGCCCACGGUGGCCGGAGAGAGCACCGGCGGUGAGGAGCAACAGCGGCGACAAUGGAUACGUCGAGACCGACCCCACCGGUCGCUACGGCCGGUUGGAGGAGCUGCUGGGCAAGGGGGCGAUGAAGACGGUGUACAAGGGGUUCGACGAGGUCCGCGGCGUGGAGGUGGCAUGGAACCAGGCCAACCUCGCCGACGUCCUCCGCACGCCGGACGCCCUCCACCGGAUCUACUCCGAGGUGCACCUCCUCAGCACGCUCCGCCACGACUCCAUCAUCGCCUUCCACGCCUCCUGGCUCUCCACCACCACCUCUUCUUCUUCCUCCUCCCCGCGCGCCGGCGCCGGCGGCGGCCGGACCUUCAACUUCAUCACGGAGCUCUUCUCCUCCGGCACGCUCCGCUCCUACCGCCUCCGGUACCCACGUGUCUCGCUCCGCGCCGUCCGCGGCUGGGCGCGCCAGAUCCUCCGCGGCCUCGCCUACCUCCACGGCCACGACCCGCCGGUCAUCCACCGGGACCUCAAGUGCGACAACCUCUUCGUCAACGGCCACCAGGGCACCGUCAAGAUCGGCGACCUCGGCCUCGCUGCCGUGCUCCGCGGCGCCAGGGCUAGCGCCCACAGCGUCAUCGGCACGCCGGAGUUCAUGGCGCCCGAGAUGUACGACGAGGACUACGGCGUGCUCGUCGACGUCUACUCCUUCGGCAUGUGCGUCCUCGAGAUGCUCACCGCCGAGUACCCUUACUCCGAGUGCUGCAACCCCGCGCAGAUCUACAAGAAGGUCACCUCCGGGAAGCUGCCGGACGCCUUCUACCGGGUGGAAGACGAUGAGGCUCGUAGGUUCAUUGGAAGGUGCCUCGUUGCUGCCUCUGCACGCCCUUCUGCUCAGGAGCUCCUGCUCGACCCUUUCCUCUCCGCGCAGGACAACACCAUGAUCAUCACAUCGCCGCCGCCGCCGCCAUUGCUGCUGCCUUCUACCUUUUCGACGAUGACAUCUGGAGCAUCUGCUGGCCGGCAGCAGCAAGAUGAUGUUGAAGAGAAAGCAGCUGAGCCGGCAAGGACGGACAUGACCAUCACCGGCAAGCUCAACACGGACGACGACACAAUCUUCCUCAAAGUGCAGAUCGCCGACGAAAAAGGGCAUGCGAGGAACAUCUACUUCCCGUUCGACAUCGCCAGCGACACGGCGGCGGAGGUGGCGACGGAGAUGGUGAAGGAGCUAGACAUCGCCGACAGGGACCCCUCGGAGAUCGCCGCCAUGAUCGAGCAGGAGAUCACGAGGCUGGUGCCCGGCUACAGGCUCGGCGGCGGCAACGAGCAGCUGCCCGAGUGCUACACGUAUGCAGAUGAUGACGACAACGAGGAGCAGCCUCCGUUCUACUACCUCUCCUCUUCCCCUACCUCUUCCUACGGGUCUCGCUGCGGAGUGGGUCCCGCGGCAUCUCUGGGUUCCCCUGGCCCACACGGCAGACACGGUGGCUGGUUCCAAGAUUACCCGGCAAGCUGCAGCGACGAGGACGACACGAGCUCCACCACCUCCACGGGCUCCGCUCUGCACUACAACUCCUCCGAGGAGGCCCACCAGCCCGAAGAGAAAAAGCCCAGCAGCAAUAGCUCCUCCAAGACGGGCCAGGCCCAGGUGAAGCCCACAACCAGAUUCGGCCCCGGAGAGAGCAGCAGCAGCCCGAGAAGCCGAAGGCUGAGCCGGAACCGUUCGAUGCUGGAUGUGCGGAGCCAGCUGCUGCACCGGACGCUGGUGGAGGAGCUCAACAAGCGCAUGUUCUUCAACACCGUCGGCGCCGUCGAGAACAUCGGCUUCCGGCACAUCCCUGGAUACGGCGGCGGCGGCGGCGGAGGCUCUGGGGCGGCAACAACGUCGUCCUCCUCCUCGCGCGGCGUCGGCGGACGGAGAAAUGGCGGCAAGCUCAACAAUUAAUCAUCAUCAGUUAUAGCUCUGUGAUCACCUCAGAUCGAGCAGAUAAUUUAGCUCUGAGAUCAUUUUUGAUCGAGCAUAUAAUUCAUAUAUCUGUGAAGUGUCAUACAUGUAUGUACAUAUGUGUUGGUACGUAUGAAUGGGCAUGUACAAAUUGCUCAGCAAAAAUGUGCGUGUGCAGAUCGCUUAGCAACAAAAAAAAAAGGUGAUUACGCAUGUACACGUAAUAUUUUUUUUAUAAAAAAAACUGGAGUGCAUUA